AAUGUUAUUGGUUGGAAAUUUGACCGUCCUCUGAGCGGAUCUCCCAGUCGCCCUUCAGCCGACAGAAAGAAACAUAAAGAUCGCUCUUCUCGCCCAAGACAGACACCAGCCUAACGUGAAACCAUGGCAGGGACGAUUGCACGGAAAGCUAUUGAACACUUGAAGAGCAAGGAGUUCAGGGACUACUUGACGAGCACACAUUUCUGGGGUCCUGUAGCAAACUGGGGUCUUCCUAUCGCUGCCAUCACAGAUAUGAAGAAGAGCCCUGAAAUUAUCAGUGGUAGAAUGACCUUUGCUCUGUGCUGUUAUUCGCUGCUGUUCAUGAGGUUUGCCUACAAAGUGCAACCUCGCAACUGGCUACUGUUCGCUUGCCAUUUGACCAAUGAGUCAGCCCAACUGAUCCAGGGUAGCCGUCUCAUCAAAUACAACAUGGAGAAGAAGAUGGGCUCUUAGUCCCUGAUGCAGAUGGACUCCAGAGUGGCACUGUGCUGCUUCAACACUCACCUAAACCUUGAAAUCUUGUCUCUGAACUUAUCUAAUUAGUAAACUGCUGCACUUCCGUUCUUUUUAGUAAAAAAACAAACUUGACGUUAUCAUGAUUUGUACCUUAAGUUUCAGCCACUUUAUUAAAAACAGGGAUUAAAAACUGAUGCUUUGCUCUAUAAAUUAAGGUCUAUUGGUGUGAAUAAUUGUUAUAAUUUUUAUUUUUUACUUUUUUGGCAACAUUCAAUAUGAUGCACCAAAAUAUAAUGUGGAAGAAUGUACACAUGGCUAAGCAGCCUGACAGUAAGAUGUCUUGCACCCAAGAUCUACUUGCUUUGGCACACUUUUAAACAAAACAAACGAUUAUUUGUCUAAUAUUGGCAAACUUGAGGUCACGCUUUUGAAAUGUGUGGGGGGUUUUUUUGUUGUUUUUUUUUUUUUUUUUUUGUUAAAUUCAGAACACACGGGGGUUAAGCUGUUUGUCUUUUGAGUUGGAAGUUAUUCUGUAAAUUGUAUAUAUGAGUAUAUCUGUGGGAAACUUGUCAAACUAGCUUCCCACAAGUGUCAAAAUACAUUCAAACAAAUGUUUAAAACAAAAUCAAUAGUUACAUCUUUUCAUGUGGUGAAACUGUCCACGUUAUAAAGCAGUAUAUUCAUGGUACAAACUCAGACUGGCUAGGUUAUCAUCUGGCAUGACCAGACAAGAGGAGCUGCUGCUUCUGCCGGUGCUUUUCAAACAUGCACUGUGUGUUUUUAUGUGUCAUUCCCAUUAAUUUAUUGUCACUGAAUAAUUCACGUUAUUUUCCCUGAUUAAUAUUUGGAUUCUAUAAGUUUGUUAAAAUAAACUGACUACGACAAAAUUGA